UUUGAGGGCCAUGACACCACAGCCAGUGGAGUCUCCUGGAUCUUCUAUGCUCUGGCCACCCACCCUAAGCACCAAAAGAGAUGCAGAGAGGAAGUGCAGAGCCUCCUGGGGGAUGGAUCCUCCAUCACCUGGGAUCACCUGGACCAGAUUCCCUAUACUACCAUGUGCAUCAAGGAGGCCCUAAGGCUCUACCCACCUGUCCCAGGCAUUGGCAGAGAACUUAGUACAUCUGUUAGCUUCCCUGAUGGCCGCUCUUUACCCAAAGGUCUCCAAGUCACACUCUCCAUUUAUGGUCUCCACCACAACCCGAAGGUGUGGCCAAACCCAGAGGUGUUUGACCCUUUCAGGUUUGCACCAGAUGCUCCCCGACACAGCCACUCAUUCCUGCCCUUCUCAGGAGGAGCGAGGUGA